AUGAUUGACGAAUCGACUACACUGAGCACAAAGUGUACACUUAUUUUAUAUAUUUUAUCAAACUUCGAUUCAGAGAUUCCUAUUGUAGUAUUUUUGGACUUAAUAGAGCUGGAUGGGCAAGACGCUAAUUGGAUUGCAUUUGCAAGUGAUGGAGCUAGUGUAAUGACAGGCACGAAAUCUGGAGUAGCUGCUAAACUUUGUGAGAAGAUACCGCAACUAUUUACGUGGCAUUGUUUAUGUCAUCGCCUUGAACUUUCAGUGCAUGAUGUCAUAAAAGAUGUGCAAGGUGCUUCUCGUUUUCAAAGUUUAAUGGAUAAACUUUACUCUUAUUAUCACCAAAGUCCUAAAAAUUCUAGGGCCUUAGACGAAGCUUGUUUGGAGGUUGGAAUUGAAAUGAAAAAAAUUGGUCGUAUUUUAAACGUGCGUUGGUCUGCCAGUAGUUUUCGUACGAUUAAAGCCGUGUGGGAAAAUUAUCCAGGGAUACAUAAGCACGUGAGUCAAACUCUUGAAACUGGAUUAAAAAAAAAAUUAGAAUCUUCUUCUUUCCUAGAGGAGCUUGGACUCUUUUAUGAUGUCCUUUUUGAACUCGGAAUGCUGUCUUGUAUACUUCAAUCAAGGAAAACAACAUUAAUGCGCGCUCAAUCAGAAAUGUGUAGAACAAUUAGAAUUCUAGAAAGCCUGAAGACAGAACCUGGUGAAAAAGAAAAAGAAAUCAUAGAAGCUAUACAAAAACGAAUUCAUAAAGGCAUAAAUAUUACAAUCACAAAUCGAUAG